CGCGCGCGCGUGCGGGAGGGGGCGGGUGGGGAAGCAGCGGCAACAAGCUCCCGGAGGCGAGGCUCGCGCGCCCGCCCCCGCCCUGGCCCCAGCGCCCACCCGGUCGGCCCGGCCCAGCCAUGAUCAAGGCCAUCCUCAUCUUCAACAACCACGGGAAGCCGCGGCUCUCCAAGUUCUACCAGCCCUAUAGUGAAGAUACGCAACAGCAAAUCAUCAGGGAGACUUUCCAUCUGGUGUCUAAGCGAGACGAGAAUGUUUGUAAUUUCCUAGAAGGAGGAUUAUUAAUUGGAGGAUCUGACAACAAACUGAUUUACAGACAUUAUGCAACACUAUAUUUUGUCUUCUGUGUGGAUUCCUCAGAAAGUGAACUUGGCAUUUUAGAUCUAAUUCAAGUAUUUGUGGAGACAUUAGACAAAUGUUUUGAAAAUGUCUGUGAGCUGGAUUUAAUAUUCCAUGUAGACAAGGUUCAUAAUAUUCUUGCAGAAAUGGUGAUGGGGGGAAUGGUAUUGGAGACCAACAUGAAUGAGAUUGUCACACAAAUUGAUGCACAAAAUAAACUGGAGAAAUCUGAGCAAAUAGUUUACACUGGCCUAUUUUGUAUCAGUCAAGAUUUUUCUCAGGCUGGCUUAGCAGGAGCUCCAGCCCGUGCUGUAUCAGCUGUAAAGAAUAUGAAUCUUCCUGAGAUCCCAAGAAAUAUUAACAUUGGUGACAUCAGUAUAAAAGUGCCAAACCUGCCCUCUUUUAAAUAAAUAUUAAAAAGGCCACUCCCAGGUAAAACCCAGAGGGAAAGUCAUCUAAGUUUACCAUGCAAUUGUUUACCAAAAAUAGAGGAGGAGAGUCUUAACUUUGCUCUUGGAUUUAAGUCAAGGUACUGUAUAGAAGCUGCAUAAAGUCAGUACGAAAGUUCAAUGUUGCUUUUCUUGCUCAGUGAUUUUGAAGAAAUUGACUAGUUCCCAUGUGAUUUUUUUUUCUUUUCUAAAUGCAUUCCUAUGCCCACAUAAAGGCAUGCCUCUAUAUAUUGGCUAUUACAGUAUUUCGAAAAGUGAGAUGUUUCUUUAAUUAUGUACAACCCAAGAUGUUGAUGUUUUGUAUGGAUCACAAGUGCAACAUUCUCUAAUUCUUUCUGCUGUUUGUCACAGUUGUUAUUUAAAGAACCAAGUAUGUAUUGCAUGAAAACAUGACUUUUUCUUUAGUUUAAAUAAACUCCAAGGUAACUGGACUUCUAAAGUA